ACAAAAUCGUUUGAAAAUGCAUCACGCUGAAAUGCAUCAUAAUUCUUUGAAAAUGCACUAUCUCAAAAUCUGAGCGCAGGAUGCAAUCUGAGCCGCACGAUGCAUCAGAUCCAACGGCUAGAUUUCAUUCUCAUUUAUCUCCACAAGAGCAAGUUGGCCCGACGCACUGUUCUUCGUCUCCUUCAAAUCGGCCAGCAGCUGCUCUGGUUUUUCUCUUCGAACGGCACAGCAACGGGGGAAAGACCACGCGAGCCCAGCGACCUCCUCCCGGCGCGAUCCUCCUCUCCGGUGACCCAAUCAAGCACGACAACAAGAACACGACGGAAAUCCACAGCGGUGAGGCGAUGGGGUGGAGCAGCGCCGGCCUCGAUCUCCCUCCGGCGAUGAGUCCAACAGCGACGGUGACGAUUUCCGCCGGCGACCCCCCGUGUGCAGCGACGUCUGUUCCGCCGAAGCGCAGCGGCAGACCGGCGACGACGCCUGGGCAGUGACUCCGGCGAUCUCUGCGAUGGCAGUGACCCGAUUGGCGAAUCAGCGACCUCCAAGCUCUGGAAACGGGAUUUGAGCAGGGGGUAAUUCCUGUCUGCAACAAUUGAACCGGUGAGGGGAUUGACCACGAUGUUUUCUAGCGAGUUGACUAGGUCAACGGUGACGGAGUUCCCAGCUCUGUCCAAUGGGAGUUUCAGGCAUUGACCAGUGGAGUUCAGGCACCAGGCGAGAUUACUUCGACGAUGAAACCCGAACGAUGUUUCCUGAACUGAAUCGACGAAUAGAGGUGGUUGUGGUAGAUUGAUUCUGAAAUCCAUCCGGGAGAGCAGCAUGACGGAGGAGAUGUACGGAUGCAGGGAUUUAAUGUUUGGU